CCGGCGCCCAGCUCGCCGCUGCCGUGAGAAGCCGCGCCGGGACGCCCCCCGGACCGCGAGCUGCCGGGAGGAUGACCAUGGCCGGGGGCAGGAGAGGACUGGUGGCCCCGCAGAACACGUUCCUGGAGAACAUCGUCCGGCGCUCCAGUGAUACUAAUUUUGUAUUGGGGAAUGCCCAGAUAGUGGACUGGCCUAUCGUGUACAGCAAUGACGGAUUUUGCAAGCUGUCUGGCUAUCACAGGGCGGAAGUGAUGCAAAAAAGCAGUACCUGCAGUUUUAUGUAUGGGGAGCUGACUGAUAAAGACACAAUUGAAAAGGUGCGGCAAACGUUUGAGAACUAUGAGAUGAAUUCCUUUGAAAUUUUGAUGUACAAGAAGAACAGGACACCUGUGUGGUUCUUUGUGAAAAUUGCUCCAAUUCGAAAUGAACAGGAUAAAGUGGUUUUAUUUCUUUGCACUUUCAGUGACAUAACAGCUUUCAAACAGCCAAUUGAGGAUGAUUCAUGUAAAGGCUGGGGGAAGUUUGCUCGGCUGACUAGAGCACUGACAAGCAGCAGGGGUGUCCUGCAGCAGCUGGCUCCCAGUGUGCAAAAAGGCGAGAAUGUCCACAAGCACUCCCGCCUGGCUGAGGUUCUGCAGCUGGGCUCAGACAUCCUCCCCCAGUACAAGCAAGAGGCACCAAAGACUCCCCCUCACAUCAUCUUACAUUACUGUGUUUUUAAGACCACAUGGGAUUGGAUCAUCUUGAUUUUAACCUUCUACACAGCCAUCCUGGUCCCUUACAAUGUCUCCUUUAAAACCAGGCAGAACAAUGUGGCCUGGCUGGUCGUGGAUAGCAUCGUGGAUGUCAUCUUUUUGGUGGACAUUGUGCUGAAUUUUCAUACUACCUUUGUUGGACCAGCUGGGGAGGUGAUUUCUGACCCCAAACUCAUCCGCAUGAACUACCUGAAGACGUGGUUUGUGAUUGACCUUCUGUCCUGUUUGCCAUAUGAUGUCAUCAACGCUUUUGAGAACGUGGAUGAGGUUAGUGCCUUUAUGGGUGAUCCAGGGAAGAUUGGUUUUGCUGAUCAGAUUCCACCACCCCUGGAGGGGAGAGAGAGUCAGGGCAUCAGCAGCUUGUUUAGCUCACUGAAGGUCGUUCGGCUGCUUCGUCUGGGGCGAGUGGCCCGUAAGCUGGACCACUACAUUGAAUAUGGAGCUGCUGUGCUGGUCCUGCUGGUGUGUGUGUUUGGGCUAGCUGCUCACUGGAUGGCCUGCAUUUGGUACAGUAUCGGGGACUACGAGAUCUUUGAUGAGGACACCAAGACCAUCCGCAACAACAGCUGGCUCUACCAACUGGCGAUGGACAUUGGCACCCCUUACCAGUUUAACGGGUCUGGCUCAGGAAAGUGGGAAGGUGGUCCCAGCAAGAAUUCCGUCUAUAUCUCCUCGUUGUAUUUCACUAUGACCAGCCUUACCAGCGUGGGCUUUGGCAACAUUGCCCCAUCCACAGACAUCGAGAAAAUCUUUGCGGUGGCCAUCAUGAUGAUUGGCUCACUUCUGUAUGCCACCAUCUUUGGGAACGUGACGACCAUUUUCCAACAGAUGUAUGCCAACACCAACCGGUACCAUGAGAUGCUCAACAGCGUUCGGGACUUCCUGAAGCUCUACCAGGUGCCAAAGGGCUUGAGUGAGCGAGUCAUGGAUUAUAUCGUGUCCACCUGGUCCAUGUCCAGGGGCAUCGAUACAGAGAAGGUUCUGCAGAUCUGCCCCAAGGACAUGAGAGCCGACAUCUGCGUGCACCUGAACCGCAAGGUGUUCAAGGAACACCCAGCUUUCCGGUUGGCCAGCGAUGGCUGCCUGCGGGCUCUGGCCAUGGAGUUUCAGACAGUGCACUGCGCCCCGGGGGACCUUAUCUACCAUGCGGGAGAGAGCGUUGACAGCCUCUGCUUUGUGGUCUCCGGCUCCCUGGAGGUGAUCCAGGAUGAUGAGGUGGUGGCCAUCCUAGGGAAAGGAGACGUAUUUGGAGAUGUGUUCUGGAAGGAAGCCACCCUUGCCCAAUCCUGUGCCAACGUGAGGGCCCUGACCUACUGCGACCUGCAUGUGAUCAAACGGGACGCCCUGCAGAAAGUGCUGGAAUUCUACACGGCCUUUUCUCACUCCUUCUCCAGGAACCUCAUUCUGACCUACAACUUGAGGAAGAGGAUCGUGUUCCGGAAGAUCAGCGACGUGAAGCGGGAGGAGGAGGAGCGCAUGAAGCGCAAGAACGAGGCGCCGCUGAUCCUGCCCCCGGACCACCCGGUGCGCCGCCUCUUCCAGCGGUUCCGGCAGCAGAAGGAGGCGCGGCUGGCGGCCGAGCGCGGCGGCCGCGACCCCGACGACCUGGACGUGGAGCGGGGCGGCGGCCCCGAGCGCGAGCGCGAGCGCGCGGCGGCCCCCCACGGCGCGGCCAGGGCCAGCGUGGUCACCGUGCGCGAGAGCCCCGCCACGCCCGUGGCCUUCCCGGCGGCCUGCCCGCGGCGGCGGCGGGGCGGCGGGGGCGGGGCCGGGGCCGGGGCCGAGCUCGGCCGGCUGCACGCGCCCGGGGCCGACUGCGCGCGGCGCAAGGGCUGGGCCCGCCUCAGGGACGCGGGCGGCAGGCCCGAGGACUGGAGCCAGGUGGCCAAGGCCGAGUCCAUGGAGACGCUGCCCGACAGGACCAAGGCGCCCGGAGAGGCCACGCUCAAGAAGACGGACUCGUGCGACAGCGGCAUCACCAAGAGCGACCUGCGCCUGGACAACGCGGGCGAGGCCCGCAGCCCCCAGGACCGGAGCCCCGUCCUGGCGGAGGUCAAGCAUUCCUUCUACCCCAUCCCGGAGCAGACGCUGCAGGCCGCCGUCCUGGAGGUGAAGCACGAGCUCAAGGAGGACAUCCAGGCCCUCAACGCCAAGAUGACCACCAUCGAGAAGCAGCUCUCCGAGAUCCUCAGGAUAUUGACUUCCAGAAGAGCCUCCCAGUCUCCCCAGGAGCUCUUCGAAAUAUCGAGGCCCCAGUCCCCCGAAUCGGAGAGAGACAUUUUUGGAGCAAGCUGA